AUGAUAACAAGUAAGGCAAUAGUAUUUGAUGAUAAAAAACUAGACGAAGAACUUGUCUUACAACGUGGAAUUGAAGAAAGUUGGGAGGAGCUUGUUGUUGCGGGACCAAUUGCUGUUAAUUAUAUUGGCAAUUUGAUGAUAUUGUCUAGUAAACAAGAUUUUCCUUUUAGACCAUCAAAUCCUGCACAUGUCUACCAACAUAUUCAAUAUCCAAAGUCAUUUCGAACUACUCUAGUGCAAAUUGCUCAUCGAAUCUACAAUGUAUUUAUGAAUGCACAUAGUAACAUGGAUCGAAUUCAAUUAAAUAUACAACAAAUACCAAAGUAUUUAAAGACAAUUCUUCAAUUGCUGACAUCUGCUUCACCUAAUCUUAUUCAAUCAUUGCUUCCAGGAGCAUUAGGUAAUAUAGAACGAAUUGCAAAACUAUGUGCUGACGCAGCCAAUUCUACAAUGAAGAAUUACGAGAGUGCGACACGUCUCUUACAAGAAGUAGCAGAAGUCACAAUAGAUUCCUAUGGAUCCAGUACUGCUUCACUGACAAAUAUAACUAUAUCGGUAAAUAGUUCCUUAGGCGAACAAAAUCUAUUGAAUAAUCAAUUGGAAAAUAUCCGAAAACAAUAUGAAAACACUAAAGGAAUUUUACAAAAAGCCCGCGAAGAUUAUUAUAAUGCAUAUCACGCCAUUCCAGUACGACCUAAACGAUUCUUUGGAGUCAUCGCUGCUGGUUUAAUUGGUGGACUGGUGGGAGGUGCUUUAGGAAGUCUUUUUGGUGGUAACAAACCACCUCCUCCUUCUAUUGAUAAUAUCGCAUUUCAAAAUGCAAAAGAAAAAGCAGAAUUAGCACUAAAAAAUCUUCAAGAAGCAGAAAGACAAUACGAUCAAUGGUAUUCGUUAAUGCUAGAAAAGCAAAAUAAAUUAGCUGGAAUUAUAAUACAAAUGUCUCAAUUACAAAUGAGUCAAACAGAUUACAAAACUACCAUCGAUAUUUUAGUUAGCGCAGUAAAGGAAAUAGGUGACAUUCAAAUACAAUGGGGACGUAUGACCAGAUUCUUUAGUAUAUUGGUAAUGCGAGCUGAAGCUACUCGAGAAACAAUAUUGCAUGAAUUUGUUGAUACUAUUAAACAUGUAACACUAAGCAAUGGUGUACUAGAUGAUGCGGAUCGAGAAUUUUUUGUUUUACAAAUGCGUGAUGCAGCUGAUGAGAUAGAACAAGCUGCUCAU